AUGCAGCGCGGCGGAGAGUUAGAUCCACUCGACGAUAAUGGGCUCUGCCUAUUAUCCCUCGAUGGUGGUGGGGUCCGAGGGCUGUCGUCCCUGUAUAUCCUCAAGGGUAUUAUGGCGCGACUGAACCACGAGCGUGGGUUAGACAAUCUCCCACCCGUGAAGCCAUGCGAUGUGUUCGAUCUCAUCGGUGGUACGAGCACAGGCGGACUUAUCGCUAUUAUGCUGGGUCGGCUCGAAAUGGAUGUCGAUGAAUGCAUCAUAGUAUAUAGCGAGCUUAUGAAAUCCGUUUUCAAAAAGAAAUGGAACUCGUUCCCGAUUAGCUUGACGGGGAAAAGCAGGUCACGAUUCAAGUCCGAGAAACUCGAGAGCGCAAUCAAGAAGGCGAUUAUUAAGCAUGGUUCUAAAGAGACUGACCUCUUCAAUGACGGGGUCGAUCGUAAAUGUAGAGUUUUCGUUUGCACUAUUGCGCACGAGACCAAGGACAUCGUUCGCCUAAGAAGCUACAAUUUGCCUGAUAAACUGCAGAUUCCUGCCACUAUUUCCGAAGCUGCACUCGCGACAUCUGCCGCAACGACUUUCUUCGAUCCUGUUGAUAUUGGGGAACGUAAGUUCGCUGAUGGCGCGUUAGGCGCAAAUAAUCCGGUAGAAGAGGUGGAAGGGGAAGCUUCAAAUAUCUGGUGUCCUGACACAGCAGAUUUGAAACCUCUUGUCAAAUGCUUCGUUUCGGUUGGGACUGGGAAUCCUGGGAAGAAGCCGAUCAAGCUUAAGAUGUUCAAGUUCCUUUCUGAGACGAUAGUCGAAAUUGCGACAGAGACUGAUAAUACGGAAAAGAGAUUCAUAGCUAAGUGGCGUCAGCACUUUGACGAAAAGCGAUACUUCCGCUUCAGUGUCGACCAAGGACUACAACAUAUCAAAUUGACAGAAUACCAAGAGCAAGGCGCUAUAGAGGCGGCAACAGAUGGUUAUCUCGAUCAUCAAACACAGGGAUUCCGGGUACGAGACUGUAUUCGAAAUUUGAAAUUGAAGAAAAAUGUUUCGACAACGGACAUAUCACGUAUACUUGCCGUAGGAGCGAUACCUUCUCAUUCUAUAGACAUGUUAGAGAAGGCUCGGGCGGACAGGUUAGAUCUAAAGUACAGAUGCGAUAUAUGGCUCAGGCCGUCCAAUAUGAGGGAGAUUUACAACAACCAUAUUCGAGAAAGGUUGAGCGGAACAUGUGACUGGAUAUGGUCACAUCCUAUAUUCUCGAAAUGGAGCAGUACAUCAACGAAUCCGACAGACGCAGACCAUCGUCUGCUCCAUAUCUACGGCACCCACGGUUGUGGGAAAACUGUCCUGGCAUCCUCAAUCGUAGAGUCAUUGAGACGUAAGGGAAACCAGGUAUUAUUUUUCUCUUUCUCUGGCUCGGAUACUAGUCGCCAAACCUUGGAUAACUUAGCCCGGUCAUUGUUGUGGCAACUAUUACAAGAACCAGUCUCGGACGAGAGCUUCGAAAUCAUGCGAGACCUCAUGUCGCAUGGCCAACCCUUAACCUCCGAGCUAUGGACUACCUUUAAGGAUAUCACAACGUCUAUGUCAGGGCCCAUGUACUGGGUGAUUGAUGGAGUUGAUGAAUGCAAGGAAUCUGGUGAAGAGCUCUUUAAUCAGGUCAUUGACCUGCUCACUGCCAAUAAAGAUGCUCACGCCGUCCUCUUAGGGAGAACGCACAUUCUUCAACCAAUCAACCAAUCAAACCACGUAAUCGAGAUUACUCCCAGCUUAAUCAAGGCUGACAUCGACGCAUUCAUCAAUACUGAGAUGGCCAAGUCCAUAAUCCUUCAAUCAUCUGAAGUUCGCGACCUCGCAUUCAAGACCCUUCGCGACGGCUCCCAAGGCAUGUUCCUUUGGGUGAAAUUGAUGGUUCGAGACCUUUGCAAGUCUUUCUCUAGGACGGAAGUUAUUGAAAGAUUGCACAAUCUGCCGCAUGGUCUUCAAAAGACUUACCGGCACUUGUUUUUACAACUCGUGGAAGAACUAGAUAAUAUCGAUCUCAGAUUUACUAAACGCCUUCUAGCAUUCGUUAUAGCAGCCCGUCGGCCGUUAAACGUUAAGGAACUACAGUAUGCCCAUGCAUUGGUAUCUAGGUCAGAUUCGAAGACAUCGCACGAAUGCUCACUCGAAGAUUGCAUGCCAAAGGACAUAGCUAAAAAGGUUCUUCGUAUCUGCGGAAUUUUCUUACAGAUAACUGAUGGAGUGGUUUCACUGGUUCAUAUAUCCGUCAAAGAAUUUUUGACUAGACCAGAGAGCGAAUGGUCAAGGGACGGUGAUCAUAAAAUUAUCGACCUACGGAUUAAUCCAGAAGAAUCGCACUAUUUGCUCGUCUCGACCUGCAUCGACUACCUAGAAAUUGGAAACUACGGCUUCCCUCUCCGGGAUCAGGAUGAAUCGUCAAUGCCCUACGAUGUCCAUCCAUUCCUGGAGUACGCGUCUAAAAAUUUAGUUUACCACGUUAAUAGGGCCGGAAAUUUUUCUUUUGACGUUGUCAACAAGUUUCACCAAUAUCUCAUGUCUGAGGCAAGCUUCUCUUGGGUUGAAUACUUCGCAGUUCAUUUAGUGGAAGAUGGGUCUUCCGGCGUUGAGGCAGAAGAGUUCACGACAUGGCUCCUAAAUGGGGCCGAGGGAAAGUUCUUAGUACGUGUUUAUACUCACUUACGUCGGCAGAUUGAGAAUCUAGAGGAGAGUUUUGGUGAAAACGACCGGCGGGCAGACCUUUACAGGAUGGUCUUUGACAUGAUUUCAGAUAUUGUCAACGAUGAAUCCAAUAGCAUGCCCGUGAUGACGGAAAUGUUCAACCAGAACAGCGUGCUAACGGCUUCGAAACAACUCGAUUUAUUAAUAAGAUUGCAAUACCAUAUUCGGCGAGCAAAAGCUUUGACGGGUCCUCUCGAACUUCUAUUCCGUCUCAUUUUACAAAAUGCCAGCAACGUUCCUAUUUACGCAUUAAUGAUAAUUGGUGGUUUCUACAAAAGAGUGAAUCAACCUGAGAAAGCCUUGCAAGUUUAUCACAAUGCAAUAAUGAAAUUUGGAAAUCAUGAAGUGCCAAUGAAGUACGCGAUAUGGAGCCAAAUUGGUUUCAUUAAUUACGAUCUUGGUCAAUAUCAGGAGGCAGAGAAGACGUAUCAGCGGGUAGUAGAAGGACGGAGAAAGAUACUUGGUCAAUCCCACCCGGACACGUUAAUCAGCAUACAACGACUGGGAAACACUUUUUUCAUUCAAAAUAAAUAUGUAAAUGCUGAAGAAACAUUCCAACAGGCAGUACAAGGACGACAAAAAACACUCGGCCUAGAACAUGUACAUACUUUAGCCAGCAUGGACAUGCUAGGAAACGCCUAUUUAGACCAAGGGAAAGUUGCAGAAGCACAACAAACAUUUCAGCGGGUAGUAGAAGUACAAAAAAGGAAACUCGGCCUAGAACAUCCGGACACUCUAGUAUCCCUACAUAAUUUGGGGGUAGUUUUCUACGCAACUGGGAGGUUUUCACAAGCAGAGGAAAUAUUUAGACAUAUAUUUAAAGGAAUAGAAAAGGGAUUUGGUUUAGAACACAUGAUUACUCUUAACACUAUAUACGGGUUGGGAAAGGCCUUCGAGAAGCAAGAAAAGUAUGUGCAAGCAAAGGAAAUGUACCAACGGGCAACCGAAGGACGGGAAAAACUACUUGGAUCAAGCCAUGAAGACACAUUGCAAAGUAAGGAUAAUUUAGAAAUUAUACUUGAAUACUUGGAAGAGAAUGAAUGGGAAGGGGAGCAGAUGCGAGCGUUAUUUGGCUAA